AUGGCAGAACCGAGACCGUCUGCAACAGACUCAAGCGCUGUUUCGGUGGCGGGAACUUCAACUUUAUCAGCGCCAUCGAACCUGGCACCAGCUGUACCCCCUCGGCCUCAGCCUCGACCCUCCGAGGUAGCUGCUUCAGCGCGACGAGCGGCUGGGCCCUCGUCGGCUUUCAAAGUCCCGUUCUUUGCUAGUGCUGCUCAGCCUGAGAUAGGUCAGUGACUGGCAUGAAAGACUACUAGAUUCAAUGGCAUAACUGACUUUGAAGUGUUUUGCCCGCUCCUUCAGUGCGAGCGAAUCAGAAGGACUUGUACUAUCUUUCCCAAUUAACGGAGCGCUUCGAGGAUGUUGCAAGAUCAUUGCUGGGUGAGGACUGGAGCAUCCCGGUAUGGCUGACAGGACAGGCAGCUGAUGAUCGAGAUCCCACAGGUACACGGUGGCUGCAGAAUUGGAAUAAGGAGCUGCAGCAUGGCAGUCGAUUGGCCUACUUUGGGCUAACGACAUUGCUAGGUCGGUCAAGGAUGGACUACGCGAGGGAGGAGGCACGCAUGCUGAUCAUGUCAUAAUCGAUAUUCAGGCUCUCAAACUCUCGGUGAAGAGUACUGCGACAUCUUGCAGUACGAUGUCAAAACGCGCAAACCGGCUUCUCCUCGAGUCAGUUCCGUCGGGCACAUCGGUCGAGCUUCGAAGGCCACAACAAACUGACAGCUCCGUGAUUUCUUCCUCACUUCAGAAACGUGGCGUGUUGAUCUCGCUCCACAUCGUCUUUCCUUACGUGGCCGCUCGCUUGUACUCCGCAGCUCGGCGGCGACUAAUCGCUCGGCACGAAUCCAUUCUUGCCGCUCGAGCGCAGGAGGAUUCGCUCGAUGACCUCUUUUCGUCCGGCGAGGCACUACCACCACUCAAGAAGUCUCUAUACAAGCGGAUGAUAGAGUCGAUCGCGGCUCUUGCGGCCGAGAUGCCGUCAUUUGAGACGUUGACCGAGGACUAUCUUCGAAGCGUGCACCUUGCCGUAUUUUAUCUGUUUGGGCGGUACUAUAACUUGAGCAAGCGGGGCGCCGGUAUUCGAUUCGUCAGUACUGUUAUCUCAGUAUCAUCUUGACUUCAUAUACAAUGCAUACUGAGCCUGCCCUGUUCUCGAUUGCAGAUCUCAACGCAAUCGCGACCAACAGGCCAAAGUGCGAGCGGCGGCGCAGUGCCGACCUCGUACGAAGUGCUCGGCGUGUUGAUGGCCGUCCAGCUGGUUGUACGAACGCUGCUCGCUAUUCGACGACGUCGAGCCGCUCAAGAUUUGCAGAUCAAGAAGUCGCCCGAGCGAAAGGAACGAGAGAAGCAGCAGAAGGAAGCGACGAAGAAGCGGUUCUUGGUCGAUGGACGACCCUUGUCGAGCCUCGUGUUCGAUCCCGACGACCCGGAACAAGCAUCACCUUAUCCCGACGAUGAAGAAGGGGCGGAUGCGAGGGAUCGGAGGUGUACGCUCUGCCUGGGAACGAGGAGGGAUCCGACGGCGACCGAGUGUGGUCAUGUCUGUGAGUGGCACUUGGAACCUUGUUCUAUGGCAAGCUCGACCUUGGACACGUGAAGCUCAUGAAGUCUUCAUGGUGUCUCUGUAUCAGUCUGUUGGGAAUGUGUCGUGGGCUGGGCUCGGGAAAAGGUGAGCCGAAACCCCCGUUUUUUUGUUGUCGAGUUUGAGUCAACUAAAUGAUUCGACUUGUAUGCUCUUGCAGCCGGAAUGCCCGUUGUGCCGACAGUCGAUUGCUUUGUCCAAGUUAUUGCCUUUGUAUAAUCUGUAA